AUGUCUUUAUUUUCUAGAUUUACAUCCAUUUUUGGAUCUAACCAAACAACUUAAGCAUCAAGUACUCCAAUCAAUCAAUAAUUAUAAGAAAAGUUAGCAUAAAUUAUUGCAUAGAAUAGUAAAUUAGAUCUCAAAUAAAAGGGAUAAGUCUUAGCAUAAUAUUUAUUAGAUAGGGAUGGUAUAUUAUAUUAUAUUAAGUUUUAGAACAUAUUGAGUUUCUUUUUUAGUUUCUUGAAUCUAAGUCUAAAGAUCUUUAAGGUAUUUAAAUAGUACAUUUAUUGGCUGCACUACAUUAACAAUUUUAAUAUAAUGAAUUAAUAUAAGAUGUAGCAAUCAAAUUAAGAGAAACCAAAAUGCCUUGGAUUCAAUUAGAUAAAUAAGAAUGGUAUUCUACUUAAACAGAACCAGACUAAUAAAAGAAUUAAUAAACAUAAAAGAUUUUGACUGAAUUUGAAGAUAAAUCAUAACCAGCUAGGAUAUAUGCUUAAUUGUGUUAUGUUUAUUUAUAAAAAUUAGCAGCUAAUGUUGAUCUUUAUAGAGCUAUUCUUAAGUUUAAUUAUCCUUAUGUAUCAGAUAAAGAAAAUAUAGAAGCAAAACUUAUGUUCUUAUGGCAUUAUAAGAUACAAAAUCUAAUAAAUUCAGGGUUGAUUCUUAUUCAAUUCAAUCCAAAUUUAAUAGAAAUUUAAGUAGCGCUCUAUGCUGAUGUAUGGAGAUUUCAAAAGUUUAUUUGUACUGAAAUUGAAAAAAUAAUUGAUCAAUAUGCUACUCUACCAAAUAGUGAUACUCUUAGUCUUUAUGAGAUCUAUUCUGAAAGUAUAAAACAUUAUGAAUAUCUCAUAUCAUUUCACUAAUACACAUCAACUAUGACUAAACCUCCACCAUAAUGUUAAAUUAAUAAUACUCUUCUUUAAGAAUUCUUUGCAUUUGUUACUAAAUUAAAAGUAUUAAAUUAAUUUAACUUUAAAAAAUCUAUAAAGGUUCCUAAUAAAUAAGAUCCUAUUAUGGGUAUUCCAACUAAAAAUCCAAAUGUAUAUUUUAUAUUUAAAAUUAUAUACUUAGGUUAUCAAUAUUAGAAGAUCAAGUUAAUAAUUAAAUGAUCCUUUAAGUAGUGAAUCUGAAGAUGAAUUUGAAAACCAAAAUAAUAAUAAAAAAAAUCGAUCAGAUCACAAUAGAGUAUAAAGUACAUUUUAAUAUGUUUAAUAAUGA